AUGGUGUGUGAGAUGGAGAUUGAAGACAUGGACGUCGAAGUCCUGUCCUCAAUGUGGCCGGACGAUGUCGGAACCGAAACAGACAAACAAUUUAACGUCGAGAAACCUGCCGGAGAUCAAGACACGUUGAAAGAAGUAACAAUCACCGAGAAACCAGCGAUUGCUGAUCUGAAACGUUUAUCAGAGCUCAUGGAUUCGACUCACCAAGGCUCCUCUCAGCUAACAAAUCUUGUGAAACAAUGGGAGUACAUGCAAGAUCACGCGGUUAUGCUCCUAAGAGACGAGCUCAAGAGUUUGAGCAGACAGCGAGAAGAAGCUGAGGCUAAAGAGCUUGAGAUCAUAGAGGAGCAUAACUUUGAAAGCAAUGGGCAUGAAAACGUUUUGGUUUUGGAUGACAAGAGCGAUUUUCUACGUAGUAGCAGCUUUAGGGAGAGGAAACGAAGCCAAGUGUUUGAUAGCGAAAAGAUUGAGGUCGAUGAAGUGUAUGACACGGUAGGGUAUUGGAAGCAGAAGGCUUUGCGUCUGGAGAAAUUGCUUGAGGCGAGUAGGGAGAGAGAGAGGAGAUUGAUUGAGAAGUUGAAUGAGAGUUUGAAGACAAUGGAGAGUCAUGCAGCUCCUGUUGAAGAGCUGACUCAGAAUCUAAGGAGAGCUGAAGGUUUCUUGCAUUUCAUUCUUCAGAACGCUCCCAUUGUUAUGGGUCAUCAGGAUAAAGAUUUACGCUACUUGUUCAUCUACAACAAGUUUCCAAGCCUGAGGGAACAGGACAUUUUAGGGAAAACAGACGUUGAGAUAUUCGAUGGAGCUGGGGUUAAAGAGUCUCAAGAAUUCAAGAAAGAGGUUCUUGAGAAAGGGAUGGCUUCAAAGAGAGAGAUCACGUUUGAGACAGAGUUAUUUGGAUCUAAGACGUUUCUGAUUUACGUGGAGCCUGUUUACAACAAACUUGGAGAGAAGAUCGGUAUAAACUACAUGGGGAUGGAAGUAACUGAUCAAGUAAGGAAACGAGAGAAGAUGGGAAAGCUUAGAGAACAUAAUGCAGUGAGAAAUGCAAUGGAAACAGAGCUGAACAAGACCAUUCACAUUACUGAGGAGACAAUGAGAGCGAAACAAAUGCUUGCAACAAUGUCUCAUGAGAUAAGGUCACCAUUGUCAGGAGUUGUGGGAAUGGCUGAGAUACUUUCUACUACAAGACUGGAUCAAGAGCAAAGACAGUUGUUGAAUGUCAUGAUUUCUUCUGGAGAUUUGGUGCUUCAGCUCAUUAAUGACAUUCUUGAUCUCUCCAAGGUCGAAUCAGGUGUAAUGAAGUUGGAAGCUACAAAAUUUAGACCAAGGGAGGUGGUGAAGCAUGUGCUUCAGACAGCAGCAGCAUCACUUAAAAAGUCUCUGACAUUAGAAGGGAACAUCGCAGACGAUGUUCCUAUAGAAGUUGUUGGAGAUGUUCUAAGGAUUAGGCAGAUCCUCACCAACUUGAUCAGCAAUGCUAUAAAGUUUACGCAUAAAGGGAAAGUAGGGAUCAAGCUUGAAGUGAUAUCAGAACCAUUCUUUACGAGUGAGAACAUGAAUGAUAAUAAGCCCACUACUCCAAAACAGAUAUUGAGCAAUGAGGAGCAAAAUGGUGAUCCUGAAACAACGGUCUGGAUCUGCUGUGACGUUUAUGAUACCGGAAUUGGAAUUCCAGAAAAUGCCAUACCUUGUCUAUUCAAGAAGUACAUGCAAGCGAGUGCUGAUCACGCUCGCAAAUAUGGAGGAACUGGUCUUGGCCUCGCCAUUUGUAAACAGCUGAAGGUUGAGCUAAUGGGUGGUAGACUUACCGUGACAAGCCGAGUCAAUGAGGGAUCAACAUUCACCUUCAUUUUGCCUUACAAAGUUGCUACACCAAAUGAUCACUCAGAUGAUCAAGACGAAUUCUCAGACAUGUCGGAUCAUCAACACAUAGCAGAGGAUACGACCCAUGGAUAUUUCCAGUUUCAACCGCUUCUUCGCUCUCUGUAUUCUUCUAGUGAAGGACCUGUCACUGGCCAAAACUUCUUAACUCAUAAUGUGACGCAAUCUAGUUGCAUCAAGCUCAAUGGUUUUGCUAGUGACCUCUCUCAUGCUCUUCCCUCUACCAACAUUGCACAAAGCGAAGCUAUCUCUAGUUGUAGUUUUGAAUCAGCUCACAAGUAUCCAAACGGUGAGAGUCUCUAUAAGGAAUAUGAGUCUUGUAGUAGUUCACAAGCAAGCAAUGAAGGUGGAGCCUUGGUUAUGGAGUCAGAGCCUGCAGUUUCAUCUCGUAGGCAAGAGAUAGAUCCUCAUGAAACAACAUCUGAGAGGUGUGAAGAAUCUUCUAAACCGGAUUCAAAGCCCAAGAUUCUGCUUGUGGAAGAUAAUAGGAUUAACAUAAUGGUGUCACAGUCAAUGAUGAAGCAACUAGGUUAUCCCAUUGAUAUUGCUACUAAUGGUGUUGAGGCCAUACGUGCGCUGCAACGCUCUAACUACGAUUUAGUACUCAUGGAUGUGUGCAUGCCGGUUUUGGAUGGUCUUAAAGCUACAAGACUGAUUCGUUCUUAUGAAGAAAGUGGUAAUUGGGAGGCUGCAAUAGAAGAGGGAGUAGAUCUAGACACACCAUCUUCAGAAACAUUGCAGAACAGAGAAGUUUGUGUCUGUUCUACAAAGCGGCUGCCAAUAGUUGCGAUGACGGCAAAUACAUUGUCAGAGAGCUCGGAAGAAUGUUAUGCAAAUGGUAUGGAUUCGUUUAUUUCCAAACCAGUAACCUUGCAGAAAUUGAGAGAGUGUUUGGAACAGUACUUGUGCUGA